AUGGCGGGAGAUGACGAAUGUCACGCCAUGUGCGGGCAGCAUGUGUUUCCUGUGCCAUGUGUUGCUCGGGUCGCCUCGGCCGAUGAGCGGCGGGUGGGCUCGAGGACGAGAGCGACGAGGACGACGCCGCCGGAGGAGCGGGCCACGGAGGCUUCCCCGAGGGCCAGGGGAGGCCGAGGGAGGGGGGCGAGACCCCCCGGGCCGGGCGAGAGGGAGGACCCCCCGGGACCACCGGUGACCCCCCGCCGCCCUCCGCCGCGCCCGGAGGUCAGAGCGCUCCCGAGGACGCCUCUGCGGCAGCGACGGCGGCGCGUGCCCGAGCGGCAGGCCCCAGGAGGGGGGUGCGGGCCCUCCCCCGGGCGGGCCUCCCCCUGCCCCGCCCCCCCCGGCGCUGGCCAGAGCGCGGCCGCCUCGAUGCUCGCUCGCCACAGUCUGCCACGGGGCACUCACCGCCACCCACGCCCGCCUCACCUCGCUGCCCCGCGCCAGCUUCCCUCCCGCCCACGCCACGCCCGCGACGCCCGCGACGCCCACGGGGCCGAGUGCCGUGCCAGUGCCCGAGUGCCGCCGUGCGAGGAAGCGCAGUUCGAGUACGAGGAGGAGCGCUCGUACGAGGAGAUCUUCGAGGGGUCCGAGGACGAGCUCGAGAGCCCCGCCCGCGCCGCCAGUGCCGCGCGCGCGUGCCAUGACAAGGCGCUGGUGCCAGUGACAGCCCGACACGCGAGCCAGGCCGACGGCGCCUCUGACAGCGCCUUGGACGGGGACGGCGAGGCGAUGGUCGCGAGGACGCCCCCCGGCAGCCAGGCCGGGAAGGCCCUGGCGCCCUGCCCCUCCGGCCAGCUGCAGGCGCUCUCCGCGCUCACGCUGCAGGUCAAGGAGGCGGCGGCGGACCCGUCGGGUGCCCUGCGGCAGCCCGCUCCCGCUGCCAGUGCCAAGGAGGUGGCACAGCCAGCCCCCGAGGGCGACGCCCCCGCCUGCGGCAGCUCGCCCGCCUCGCCCGCCGAAAGCGGCGAGGGCGAUCGGCAGGAAGAGCGCCACGAAGAAGGCCCUCCCGAAGACGCAGCCGAAGAACAAGGACGUUCGCAGCCUCCAGCGUUGCUCAGCGAUAAUGCCACCGACAUGCCCUGCUCAUUUCAUAUCUAUACUUCCCUCAUGUCGCAUACCAAGACCAGCAGUGUUUAUGCCUUCCAUUCCCAGCUGAUGUCACUGCCACCUGUGACUGACCUCGAGGACGUGUUAUUGCAGCCUGCAUGA